AUGGUAACCACUGAAACAUGCUCCUGGUCUGAAGAGCUCCAGUGGACACCAAGACUUGCGGCUACUGUAAGGGACCGUAGGCCAGAAAGUGACACUGAACUCCACAUAGAAAACGUCACCGUUAAUCACAAUCAAGUGGACUUUUCAACAGUGGCCUCCAAAGAGGGCGUGAAGGCUCAGACCCCCAGAAAGAGCCACGCUUCUUCAGAUGCUCCAGAAAACUCUACUCUACAAACUGCAGCAGCACAUGCUGAAGGAAGAAACAACCCUUCAAGGAGAACAGAUUUCCCCAUUUCCUCUGUUGGGCCUGAGACAGCAACAGCUCUGACUUCCCACAGCAGCACCGUAGCUUCUAAAAGUAUGGAGGAGCUAAACAAAUCCACUGCUCUCCAGAGCCCCUCAGUCAGUUGGAUAAAGCGUGUGCACAUUGCCACCACAUUCCCCGAUGGUGUCCCAAGGACACUCCAGUCUUUGACCGUCAGUCCAGGACCUCUAAAUGAGACAGAGAGUUUCCCCAUGGACUCUGAAAUUGCCACGACUUCAGCAUCAGUCCAUUCUACACCCUCUGAGGCAGAAUUGAAAGGAAACAGUGAAGUAAUCAGCAAUCCAGGGGAUGGGAAAUUCAUCGAGCCAUCCACAAAAAAUGGAUUUGGCCUUACGUCGUCCGACGUCUCGGUGGGAUUUUGGCGAAAUGAUUCCCCAACCUCCAGAGGACACCAGCUUGCCAGCAGCUCUGACGCAGAGAACAGAAGCCGCGUGUCUCCGACUGAGACUGUGUCUGGGUCCGUCCCAUUGGUCACAGGUGGAGAGAGCACGGCACGCUCGUUCUUGAUCGACAGCAAGACAAUCACAGACGCGACAGGAAGCUCUACUUUCUAUCCUGACGUUGUGAACGCUUCAGUUUUGACUCAGUUCUCAGCCUCUGCCCCACAGAGUAGAGGAAGCGACACGGCGCUGGGUGAUAGGAGUUACUCUGAGCUGGCCACCGAGUCUUUGUCUUCACCUUCCUCAGAAAGCCCGAAUUCCUCUGCACCUCGCGGUGAACGCUCGAUCACUGGAGAUAGCUACGAUCCAGUGAGUGGCACAGACGUUGAAGAGAGGAGUUCCAGCGACCACACAGACCACACCUAUGUUUCAUCUACUUUCACCAAAGGAGAACGGGCAUUGCUCUCCAUUACAGACAACAGUUCAUCCUCAGACAUAAGGGAGAGUUCAACUUCUUCUAUUACGAUCUCAAACUCAUCACAUUCAGACUAUUCUUCCUCUUCUCAGGCUCAGACUGAGCAAAGUAAUGUCUCAUCCUAUGAAGGGGAAUAUGCUCAGCCUUCUACUGAGUCACUAGUUCUGCGUACAGCCAACCCUCCGUCCUACACACCCACCAUUAAUAUGCCAAGCACUUUGGUUCUUCUGAACACUAGUACUGGCUCACUUGGUGACUCAUCGUCUUCUUCAUCAGGGUCCCCUUUGCCUCUGCCCUCAGUGUCACAAUCCCACCAGUUGUUCUCAUCCACCUUACCAUCGACCAGGGCCUUCGCUCACCCACUGGAGUCCACUCCUGGUGCGCCCACACCGUUGUCUUCCUCACCACCACCUUCACCGAUACCCCUGACAGCCUCUACCUUUGCCUCGCUGUCUGUCUCCCAAACAACCCUACCACCUUCAUCUUCUACCCUGGUGCUGCCCGCGGCAAGGGACCCUCCUGUGACUUCAGUUUGGAUGUCUACAAUAGCGUCUGUGGCAAUGUUCCCCGGUAGUCAAACAGCAGAUCCUAAGAACCAGAGCAACCCACAGCAUGAGCAAAUCAUUACGGAAUCAAAGCUAGAGAGCCUGGAGUCUCUGCCCACAGAGGCCACCAAAGCUGUGACAGUGAGGUCUACUCUGGGGAUCCCUAUGCCUCCGGCCUUAACAGAGUCUUCCACUGAGCAAACCCUUCCAGUCACAAGCACCGGCAUGGCCCAAAUGUCUCCAGCUUUGACAACCACCACUCUCGAGACCUCUUCUCCCCCUGUGACCACUCCCAGCCCCCCAUCAAACACAGCAGCUGUGACGGCUGGCCCCACAACAGUACAGACUACAGCCAGAAAACAGCUCUUGCCAACCAGUCCUGAAACUGUAGCACCACAAAUCUCGACAGAAGGUCCUGUUACCACAAAAAGGAGCCAAGUCGAUAUAGAUGCUACCACCCAAUUGGUCUCCCUGACCAGUGUACCCACCUCAGCAAAAGAAUUGACUACAGUGCUUGGCAUUACAGAAGAGUACAGCCCGACGUCACAUUUCCUCAGAACAUCUCCUUCUCCCGAAACCACAGACGUUUCUACCACUGAAGUGCUGACUCCUAAAUCUACCACCUUCGCUGCUCAGAGCAGCACGCAGCCACCAACAGCAUCGUCAUCUCCAGCCUCAGGUAGAACGCAGUCGCAUAAGCACACUGAGAGCUGCACGGGCUCGGGAUUCGUUAAGCGCUUACUGCACUGGAUUAUGGUUUUGCUGUCUGCCACAAAUUCAACAUGGCCUUGUUUUCUCUCCUCUGCAGAUGUGAAUGAAUGCCGCUCGAACCCCUGCCCACCCCUGGCCAUGUGCAACAAUACUCAGGGAUCCUUCACCUGCAAAUGCCCGGUUGGGUAUCACUUGGAAAAAGGAAUAUGCAGUUUGGUCAGAACCUUCGUGACAGAGUUUAAGUUAAAGAAAACGUUUCUUAAUAUCACCAUGGAAAAACAUUCAGACCUACAUGAAGUUGAAAAUGAGAUCACCAAAAUAUUAAAUGUGUGUUUUUCAACAUUACCUGGUUAUACCCGAUCCACAGUUCAUGCUUCUAAGGAGUCCAGCGCAGUGGCUGUGUCACUACAGACCACCUUUUCCCUGGCCUCCAACGUGACUCUGUUUGACCUGGCCGACCAGAUGCAGAAAUGUGUCAACUCCUGCAAGUCCUCUGCCGAGGUCUGCCAGCUCUUGGGAUCUCAGAAGCGGAUCUUCAGAGCGGGCAGCUUGUGCAAGCGGAAGACUCCAGAGUGUGACAAAGAGACCUCCAUCUGCACUGACCUGGACGGCGUGGCGCUGUGUCAGUGCAAGUCGGGUUACUUUCAGUUCAACAAGAUGGAUCACUCCUGCCGAGCGUGUGAAGAUGGAUAUAGGCUUGAAAAUGAAACCUGUAUGAGUUGCCCAUUUGGCCUUGGUGGUCUCAACUGUGGAAACCCCUAUCAGCUCAUCACCGUGGUGAUCGCAGCCGCAGGAGGGGGGCUCCUGCUGAUCCUGGGCAUUGCGCUGAUUGUCACCUGUUGCAGAAAGAAUAAAAAUGACAUCAGCAAACUCAUCUUCAAAAGUGGAGAUUUCCAGAUGUCCCCGUAUGCCGAGUACCCCAAGAACCCCCGCUCACAAGAAUGGGGCCGAGAAGCGAUUGAAAUGCAUGAGAAUGGAAGCACCAAAAACCUCCUCCAGAUGACGGAUGUGUAUUACUCGCCCACAAAUGUAAGGAAUCCUGAACUUGAACGAAAUGGACUCUACCCGGCCUACACUGGAUUGCCGGGGUCACGGCAUUCUUGCAUCUUCCCCGGACAGUAUAACCCAUCUUUCAUCAGUGAUGAGAGCAGGAGAAGAGACUACUUUUAAGUGCAGAAGACAGAGGGCCCCAUUGCUCUGAGCGAGUUGCCCGGGACCUCUGUUGCUCAGAGGACUGCACAAGGUGGGAGCACCAAACACUGGCUGCUCCCACGGUUUGUGGAGCCGCACUUGAGUGGCAGGCAGAAAGUGGGACAGGCGUGAGGGGCGUUGACCACAGUGGAAGGGGGCAGAUGGAACCUGUGGACGAGGAACUGCAGGCUGCUCUUUCGGCACCUUCGUUGUUACUGUGAAUGUGAACGUGGGCCAGUACCGGGAGAGUCUCUCAAUGACGCGGCAUGGACGCUGGCUCAAGGGUGACUGUUAGCGAGGGCAGAUCAUUAGGCAUCACGGCAAGAACCCAGUUUUUCCUUAGUUUGCACUUUAGUAAAUUGAGUAGGGAGGUCUCUCUUGGGAUCUUUUUUCAAGACUGUUCCAGAAAGAAGGCCUCUUUUCCUGAGACACUUCCAUAGGCCUCAAUUUGGUGAUGAAUUUACAGCAAAAUACUGGCUCUUUAGUUUUCCUGCCUAGUACCUACGAGCUAACCCACAGCUGAUGAUGACGAUGAUAAACACACCACUAAGGUUUGGAGAUGCUGUAGGUUAACGUACAGUAUUUUCAUAU